AUGCCUUCCGCUCCCGCCCCGCCUCCCCCUCCGCCUCCCCCUCCGCCUGCUCUCCAACAGCCGUUCUCCUCGGGCGGACACGCCGGCUCCCGAGAGCCUCAGACUCGGCUGGAGCAGCCCGUGGUCCCCGCACACGGUCCCCCAGGGUCUUUUCUCGUCGAAUUAUUCGUAUACAAUGGUCAUCCGUUCAAGCAUCACUGGGCCUACUUUGUGCGAUCGAGCCACGGCCCCGGCCGAGGAGUAAAGAUACACGCGACAGGGGAUGUCAACCACGGUUUCACUCUCGAGUUCAAGAGAGGAUACGACCUUGGCCACACCGACGACCAACAACCCACGACCCGGAUCCCACUGCAGUAUAUUGACGGCCGAAACGUGGAUGAGAGGGCAAUGUUCAACAACGGCGUCAGUAAGAUCGAUGAUGCGCCCGUCUGCCGCUUCGAAUCCAGCGCAUACAAAAUCAAGGCGCCCGAAAAGUCCUUGCAUUCAGCGGGCACCAAAGCAGCGCCGAAGACGAGAGUGAUGCAGAGAGAUUGCCAAACGUGGAUCGUCGAGUCUGCGAACCAACUGGUCGCUGACGGCAUAUUCACCCGCGAUGUUGCGGAUUAUUUGCAUGUAUUGAAGCAAUAG